AUGCUGGGUGCUCGAGCCCGAGCUGCCGAGUACAACGCCUUUAAAGCCGCAUCUGCAAGACAAGCUUCCCGCGAAGCUGAGGAACAGAAGCUGCCUCCGAAACUUGUCCCCGUGUCUCUGAGUGCUUUCACCAAAAAUUCUCAGUCAAAUCGCAACAAGGGCGCUAAAGCCUGGGUCCCGUUGGUCUUAGGAGACGCACCCGAAGAUGAUAAUAAAAGUUGCAAGGAAAAUGAGGGAACCCUCCCAACCCCAACCCAUCCGACUGGCAGCGUCGAUGUCACUCUUAGCAGCAACACUACCCGACCCGAAAGUGAGACGCCAUUGGGUCCCCGAAAAUCUCAAACCACCCAAAUGAAUGUCUACGCAUUGUUAGCUCCGACUGCGCCCAAGGCGAUGGUCAACACCAGAGACAGAUCAUCCACCGUAUUUGUCAAUCCAACCCUUCAGUGGGCUCAGCAACACUCCGUCAUCAAACAGUCUCAGCACUGUAUCCCUUUGGGGUUACACGGUGCUCCCAGCAGCCUGUCAGGAAUCAGUCAAGUCUCGGUACCUCUUUUCAACCCAGAUCCACCUUUCUACAACAUGAUGAUCUCGUCUGAUAUCAGUCCCACCAAGCAAGAGAACAAGUUGGCUCUGCUAUCUGAAGAAUACGGCAACCCAUGCCCCGCAUUUAUGCCCUCUCGUCAACAAGGUUUGGAUAGUCCUGGUAUGAUUGAUACUUCAUUACUCGGUCAGAUGCUGGGCACUCGUUAUCCGAAUGAGGUACCGAGCUGGAAUUCAUACCAACAGAUCGAUUUCGUCCCCCAGAAUCCCAUCCAGCGCCCAAUGAUGCCGCGUGUCAAUUCUGAUGGUCUAAUGUCUUGUGAUACGGAGUUGGCUGCACGAUUCAUACGAGGUGUUGUCAGACGUCACUCUCACCCAGAAAGCGGACAAAUACUCCUUGAUCGGCAAGGACUCGCAGACAAUGUGAGACAGUUAACUCUCCAACCUCCAUCCCGUCACGAGCCUUAUGACGGCAGCAGCAAAAUACAACAUUAUGUGACCACUCAACAAGCAAUGGCAAAGACGGACAAGACAGCUCUGCAUAAUCCGGAUUUGAAUCGAGUUAAGAUGAGCGACGUAGCCACUCCGAUUUUUACAGAGAGUCCAGAGACAAUACCCAAACACGAGCCUGGCAGAGAAUUGAAUGAAGGACCUGGCGUCCUUCGACCGCGCACACUUCUGAAGCCACCGCCGGGUUUCGAAUUGCGAGCGAGAAAUGAGUUGAGCUCACAUCCACGUGAGACGAGCAGCUUCGGUUCCGAGAAUGACGAGACUCUCCGAAAAGAAUUCGGCGUGGGCACUAGUGACUGGUGUGAGCUCAAGCCCGUGACCAAGACUCAGCGCAUAAGAAUGAAUAAGGCCAUGAAACGAGGAGCGACGCUGGGAGAUACCGAUACGUCCGAGGCUUCACUGCUGAAUCUCGGCGCAGAUCGGCAACAGAGACUUCACAAGUGGUUGCAAGCAGAUCAUCGUGGGAACCGCGCAACACGAAAAUUAGUGGAUCAGAUUGUUAAAGAUCACCUUUUCAAUCGAUUCCCUAACGUUUCUCUCCCUGACGGAGCUGUGUGUAAUCCCAACGAAACAUCGGGUCCCAGAAUUGAGAGUGCCGCGAUCCGUGCGGUGGGCAACAUACUGACUAACCUCACAGACCCAGGUGAAUCGGAAGGGCACGGCUCAGACAAUGGUGGUUUACUUUACCAAUACAAACCGGCGCCGGAGUACGCGAUUGAGAGAGGCCGGCUUCUGACAGGCAACACUGGGAGUACGAGCUUUUUUGAGGAGGAGAUGGGAGAGUUCUACAAUGCUCCAUGCCGAAUUGCCCGGGAUCCAAGAUUUCGACCGCCAAGCAAGGAAGGCCCCAAACCAAAGUCGGAGGAUGAAUGGAAACGCCGUCGUGACCCGUAUGGAAGAAGACGAUUGUGA